UCACCCGCACACGCCCGGCCGCCCCGGCGCCAGGCACCGAGGCGGGGACCGGGCGGGCAGAGCGCGCGCCCUGCGCCCGCGCCCGCGCCCACCUCGCCGCCUUUGCGCUCGGCAGCGGCGCGCCCGGCCCGGCGUCCCCGCCAGUCCUGCGGGAAGAUGGUCAAGGAGCGCUGGAAGACCAUGGGCGGCGCUUCCCAACUUGAGGCCCCGCCGCGCGACAAGCCGCAGCGGCCGAGCUGCGGCUAUGCCCUGUGCACCGUGCUGCUGGCCCUGGCCGUGCUGCUGGCCGUGGCCGUCACCGGCACCGUCCUCUUCCUGAACCACGCCCACGCGCCGGGCACGGCGCCCCCGCCCGUGGUCAGCACGGGGCCGGCUGGGGCCAACAGCGCGCUGGUCACCGUGGAGAGGGCAGACAGCUCACACCUGAGCAUCGUCAUCGACCCGCGCUGCCCUGACCUUGCCGACGGCUUCGCCCGCCUGGAGGGCGCCCAGGCCUCCGUGCUACAGGCGCUGAGCCAGCACCAGGCCCAGCCGCGGCGGGCGGGCGAGCAGGAGCAGGAGCUGCUGGACACGCUGGCCGAGCAGCUGCCCCGGCUGCUGGCCCGGGCCUCGGAGCUGCAGGCCGAGUGCGCGGGGCUGCGCAAGGGCCACGGCUCCCUGGGCCAGGGGCUCAGCGCCCUGCAGCACGAGCAGGGCCGGCUCAUCCAGCUUCUGUCCGAGAGCCAAGGCCACAUGGCUCACCUGGUGACCUCGGUCAGCGACGUCCUGGACGCCCUGCAGAGGGACCGGGGGCUGGGCCGGCCCCGCGUCAAGGCCGAUCUUCAGAGAGCACCUGCCAGGGCCGCCCGGCCCCGGGGCUGUGCCAGCGGCUCUCGGCCCCGGGACUGCCUGGACGUCCUCCUGAGCGGGCAGCAGGACGACGGCGUCUACUCCAUCUUCCCCACGCACUACCCCGCCGGCUUCCAGGUCUACUGCGACAUGCGCACGGACGGCGGAGGCUGGACGGUGUUUCAGCGCCGGGAAGACGGCUCCGUGAACUUCUUCCGGGGCUGGGAGGCAUACCGGGACGGCUUCGGCAAGCUCACGGGCGAGCACUGGCUAGGCCUCAAGAGGAUCCACGCCCUGACCACCCAGGCCGCCUACGAGCUGCACGUGGACCUGGAGGACUUCGACAACGGCACGGCCUACGCCCACUACGGGAGCUUUGGCGUGGGCCUGUUCUCCGUGGACCCCGAGGAGGACGGGUACCCGCUCACCGUGGCCGGCUACUCGGGCACUGCAGGCGACUCCCUCCUGAAGCACAGCGGCAUGAGGUUCACCACCAAGGACCGCGACAGCGACCACUCGGAGAACAACUGUGCCGCCUUCUACCGCGGCGCCUGGUGGUACCGCAACUGCCACACCUCCAACCUCAACGGGCAGUACCUGCGCGGUGCGCACGCCUCCUACGCCGACGGUGUCGAGUGGUCCUCGUGGACCGGCUGGCAGUACUCGCUGAAGUUCUCCGAGAUGAAGAUCCGGCCGGUCCGGGAGGACCGCUAGGCGGGCGCACUGUCCAGCCUGUUCACCCCCCUGGCCCUGCCCCCACCUCCCCGCCCCCUUCUCCUAUGCAUGGCUCACCUGCUCCCAGGGAGGGGGCAUGGACCAGGCCAGCCCACCCUGCCUGGGCAGCUGUCGUCAACUCUUGCCUCUGCUGACGGAGGCUGGCGAACCUGACCCCCAAGAUUCCACCUGCCCAGACUGUGCCUGCCGCCCAGGACAGGAGACUCCACUAGGGCUGGGCUCUGGCCAGCGCCACCAGGGUGCCCUGCCAUUGUGGGGACGUGGACAGCAGGCAGACGGCAGCCCUGGGUCCUCGCACAGGCAUAGGUGCGUCUUCCUGAAGCCAGGUCUGGUCUGGCCCUUCUUGCCCUCCCAGCACCCACCCCUCCGCCAGUCUCCAGGGGCCUGAUGGUCCCUCCGCUCUCCUGUGCCCCGAGGCCAGGCUGGGGCACAGCUCUUGCAGGGACCCGUUCCCCAGAGGACACCAGUUCCCCAGAGGCUGCACACAGGCCUGGAGGUGGUGCCUGCUCCGUGUGUCUCUGCUAAGGUCAGCAGGAGCCUGCAUCCCAUUUCUUCUGCCUCUGUGGGGGGGGGAGCAGACCCUGCACCACCUGCCUGGCCCAGGCCAGCGGGAGCCUCUUGGUUUUCUAGGCUGGGGCCAGGGCUGGCCUUGUACCACUCUCAGCCCCACAGCCAACCUCCAGGGCCACCGGGAUCCUGAGUGCCCCUGGGAUAUUACCCCCCACUCUGCCCAGCUGUUGUCUCUGGGGAGAGGCUGCCCCCUUCUGGUGAUUAUGGGCACUGCCGCCUGAGCCCAGCCCUGACUGAGUGGUUGCAGGGAGAGGCCCUCACUGGACACACAGGCCCCCCUGACCCCUGAAUCUCUCCUUGCUGCCCCCCCCGCCUUGCCCCGGACAAAAAUGAGACCUGCAGGCUUCCACCGUGGGGACCUGGAAGCAGCCUGGGGGGCUGUCUGACGUCUGCAGGCAGGUAGCCAGGUGUGGGGUUCAACCCCCUUCCCCUCCCACCGAAGCAUGUGCUGAGAGCCCCCGUGUCCGACUGACUGUACCACCUGGCCAUCGUCCCUCGAGCCCACCUGGCCAUCAGUGUCCAGCCAACACGGGCAGCGCCUCUGUGUGGACAAGCCUGGCUCACUGCCCCGUGGGUGCUCACCUGGGAGCAGGUGUACGGCCCAGUGUGACCAGGGCGGUGCCGGGGGCAGCCCAGGUGCAGGGGGAGGGGCAAGGCCGGGUGUGAUGGAGGGGGUCCCAUUGGGCUCCUCUCCCCACCCUCAGAGGCCCCGGAGCCAGCCUGUCCCAUGGCAGGCGCCAGGUGGGACCCUGGAUUCUCGUGGGGACCCUGGCUGAGUCGGCUUCUGCUGCCAGCCCCGUGGUGCCAGCUGCUGUGAGUGAUGGUAAUGGGUUUGUGGUUGUACAUGGGCUGUGGGUGAUACGGGAGCAAUCUCGCCAGGACUUGGCUACAGAAUGGACAUGCUGGGGCUUGUGCCUGCUGGGGGGAAGUGGACAGGUGCAGGCCAGCCUUGCUGGAGACGCCUGUCCCCUUCAGAGCUCUAGUCACCACCCUGAGCAGCAGGGGCUCUCCCCAGCCAGGGCAGGCACCCCUAGGGGACAUGGCCCUUCGCAGCACCAAAUGGCAACAGGGCCCAUCACGGGGGGAAGCACCUGCCGCAGCCUGGCCCCGCCUUCCUGACAGGAGCCUUCAACAGCUGCACCGAGUACAAACGGUUCCUGUGCACCUGCUGUGGGCUGGAGGAGCUCCAGGUCUGAUGGCAUUCAAAUGGCUGCCACCUGAGAUGGAAGUGGCCACAGGCAGAAGGGGAUGCUGGGAGAGCACCCAUCGCCAGUGCCCGCCUCUCAGCUCCCUGCACCUUCACUACCUCCUGCCUGCGUCCACAGGGGCUUCCAGCUGGCCUGGCUUCAGCUGGAGCCCAGAGCCAGGAAAGCAGCAGAGGCCGCGGGACGCAUCUCUGGGCAGGCGGGGAUCUGCAGGUGCAGCCCGCGUCCAGUCUGCGGGAGUGGCCAGCCUGGCCCCGGCAGCGGGGGAGAACACGGGCAGAGCUGAGGUUUGAGGGGCAAGGGGCAGGCAGGAGGCCCCAGCAUUGGACUCCCAGCACCCGGAUCAGAACAAGGAGGCGGGACACUGCCCCGUGACCCAGGACAGGGCCUGUUUGUCCAUCUGCUCGCAGAGGGGAGCUUGUCCCUAAGACCCCUGCGUGCACAGCUUCGGGACACUGGCUCACAGGUGUGCCUGGGGGCCACACAGGGCCGAGGCGGCGGCUCUGAGGGCCGGCGCCGCCCCCCAUGGACGAAGCAAGGCCGGGGACAGUUGCUGGUCGGGGGGCCGUGUGCACUCGGUGUCUGAGAGUCCCCGUCCCCAAUAAAGUCUCGUGGUGACCCAG